AUGCGAUCUUUAGUAACAUGCGGCGUUGGUCAGUUUUCGUGCGACGGCCACUGCGUGCCGCUGAAAUGGAAAUGCGAUGGUGAGACCGACUGCGCGGACGGUUCGGACGAGUUGUCGUUCUGUGCGCGGUGUGGUUCGGACGAGUUCCGUUGUCAAUCUGGACGUUGUCUGCCAAAGUCGUAUUUGUGUGACGGCACCCCCGACUGUGGCAUCAAUGGCGUUGACGAUAACUCGGACGAGGAUCCAUCAAUAUGUAAGUCGUACAAUUUAGCUCUUCUGUGCGAGGUCUUCACAAGACAACUUGUCCGCCAAAUUUCUAUUCCUGUCAGCAUGAGGCACGUUGUAUUCACCUGUCGCAGUUCUUGUAACGGUAUCGCUGACUGCAAUGAUCACUUCUGA